GCGAACGCACAACCAUCCAGCCUCGAAACACUAGAAAAGUUUAUUUAUUAAUUCAUUUUUUAAGUCAAGUAGGGUCUGUAUUGCGUCACCAGAGCACUUCACACUUUGCGGCACUAUUAAGUAAUGUGAACACGGAGGGUCAAGGUAAAAAAAAAAUACACUAAGCUUUUGAAACUAUCGAGUAAGAAGAGAAGCCUUUAAAGCUGUGUGCGUUAGCUGGUGGAUGUGCGGAUCAGCAGUACGAUGCCCUCGUCUAUCCUAUUACUAUUGGUGUGGUACGGCGCGCUCUGCUGCGCACCGCUGGCAUGGAGUAGUGUGGGGAACAGCACAUCGAAAGACCGCCAGCCUGCCACGGAAGUGACAGAGAAAAACAGUGCAACGCUGGAGGAUGAAAUGGACAACCAAGAAAACAUUUUAACGCAGCUUCUAGGGGACUAUGACAAAGUGAAGACUUUGUCAGAGGGCUCAAACUGCCACUGUAAAUGUGUGGUGAGACCGCUGAGCAGGAGCGCUUGUAAGCGCAUCGAGGAGGGACGUGCCAAGCGCGAGGACUUCUACACUGUGGAGACGGUAACCGUGGGACCCAAUUGCAAGAAAUGUGCCUGCAUUGCCCCUCCCUCAGCACUCAACCCCUGUGAAGGGGACUUUAGAUUCAAGAAGCUCCAGGAGGCUGGGAACAAUAUCAAGCUUGCCACCAUAAUGGACUUACUUGAGGGGGCUUCCUAUGGGAUGGAUCUGUUAAAGCUGCACUCAGUCACCACAAAGCUUCUGGAACGCAUGGACAAUACAGAAAGAUCAUUUUUUGGCAAUGGGACAAGGGAGCGUGGAGGUGUAAAGGGAGACGUAGGGGUGGGGAAGGGGUCCCGUGCCCACCAGUGCCUGGAGAAGAAGCGGCGGCUGAGCAAGCUGGAACCGUCAUUGCAAAAGAAAGCGGCUGCAGCCUUUUCACAUGCCGAGAAGAAGUAUGAAGAGAAGUUUGUAGGGAACGAGGGCUCCAAUCGGCCUCUGCUAAAGAAGAGUCACUCUGAAGGCCCAGAAGCCCAGAAUCCAAAGAACCAAAGAACCAAAAUAGAUCCUAACGGGAUAAGCAUCAAGCGUGUGACCUUCUACAAGGCUGAUGGUGUGGAAAAUGAAGAUGGAGAACAUAAAGCACCAGAUGAUGUCGUGAGUGGUGACGGUUCAGUGGAUUUAAUAAUACAAGACCAGAUCCCCAAGCAGAAGCUUUCUGCCCCCACCCCAGCCACCGGCUAUCAAACCACAGCCAUCGUGGCUUCUGUGCUCGAGCCAAGCUCCAGCUCCCAGAAGGUCAACAAACCCACUCAUGCUCCAAAUGGACCAACCGCCGCAAGUGUGCUCACUGUGACAGAGCAGCCUAAACCAGAGCCAAGGGAAACCACUGAGCUGACUGCAACCAGCCCUACAGUGCUGGUUGCCUUGACAACCUCAACCACCACCACCAUCCAGGCAGUGGCCACCAACAACGUUGCAUCCAUCACUGGCCCUCCUACAGUCCAAAAACCAUCAUCAAAUUUCACAGCCAUGGCGAAAAGAGACACAGUGAAAUCUCGUAUUACCUGGGAUGAAGGGCCUGCUGAAGCAGCCACAGAGGUUCCAAAGAAUUCUGGUGUGUGCAAAGACACUUUAGCAACUAUAGGUGACCCUGUGACCCGCAACACUUACGGCCGUAAUGAAGGUGCCUGGAUGAAGGAUCCAAAAGGCAAUGGCAAAGUCAUUUACGUCACAAACUAUUACUAUGGCAACAAUCUGCUGGAAUUCCGUGACAUGGACACAUUCAAGCAAGGCCGUUUCACCAACUCCUAUAAACUCCCCUACAACUGGAUUGGCACUGGUCAUGUGGUCUACAAUGGUGCGUUCUACUACAACCGGGCUUUCUCCCGUGACAUCAUCCGAUUCGACCUGCGCCUCCGUUACGUGGCCGCCUGGACAACCCUGCAUGAUGCCGUGUUUGAGGAGGAGGAGGCUCCGUGGAGGUGGCGGGGACACUCGGACAUCGACUUCGCCGUGGAUGAGAGUGGCCUGUGGAUGCUAUACCCGGCCCUAGAUGAGGAAGGUUUCCACCAGGAGGUGAUCGUCCUCAACAAGCUCAACCCAUAUGACCUGCACAAGGAGAAUGCCUGGAGGACUGGCCUGAGGAGGAACACCUACGGCAACUCUUUCGUCAUCUGCGGCGUGCUAUAUGCUGUGGACAGCUACGAACACAUGAACGCCAACAUCUCCUAUGCUUUCGACACUCACACACACACCCAAAUGGUGCCAUGGCUACCUUUUGUAAACAACUACACCUACACCACACAAAUCGAUUAUAACCCAAAAGACCGUAUGCUGUAUGCAUGGGACAAUGGACGUCAGGUGACCUAUGAUGUGAUAUUUGCCUAUUAAUGGAAUAAUAUCAAUUACCUAGAAAACUGUUCAGCACUUUUUGUAUAAAAUAGCAAAAUAAUUAUAAGACUCAGUGAACUGUUGAUCAGUCCACACAGUCAAUAUAUAUAUAUAUAUUUUUAUAACAUGCCACUGUUUUGUUUUAUUGUUCUUUGAGUGUAUUGUGUAAUAUGUAUGUCUGUCUAAUGGCUAUUCAGUGAUUUUUAAGCUCUAAAGAUGAAAAGGUUUACUGUGGUGCUAAUGACAAUGUUCUUAUUGUAACUGCUCAUUUUAAAUGUACAUGUGUGCUGUACAUACUGUAGUUAAUUUAAAAUACAUGCUAUGACAAGUUA